UUUAGAAAUAGCAGCUGUGGCAGAGGUUUCAUUUGAUACACUUUUACCACCACGUUUUGUUGUCUGUCGGCUCAAUAGGCGUCUCGAAACUGUCAGCCGAGUCAAAGUAAACUACUCUGUGCCUCGGGUUGGACAGAUAGCAUACAGGCCUGCUGAGUGCUGACGUGUAGCCGUAUGUAGCCUAUGAACAUGAGCUGUCAAACCGCAAGAUAGCUGUACCAGAUAACUUCUUUGUGUUAACAGUGGUGUCUAAGUUCCUCCUCUGUGCUCAGAGACGCCAGCAUGGCAGUGCAAGGUGUUUUCCACUGGAUGCAAGCCUGCGUGGUCCUGCUGCUCUGCUUAUCCAUAGCCCUGCCUGCUGCCUCACAGUCGAUCAGAAAUUACUAUGAUACUCUCAAUGUUGAGCCAGCAGCAACUGACAGCCAGGUAAAGAAGGCUUUCCGCAAACUGGCCGUAAAAUACCACCCAGAUAAGAACAAAAGCGCCGAUGCAGAGAAGACUUUCAGAGAGAUAGCUGAAGCCUACACCGUGCUCUCCAACAAGGAGAAGAGGAGGCUGUAUGACAGUGUGGGCCAUGAGGCUUUCCUAAAAAAUGAGGCUCCUGUUGACCCUGAGGAUGAACAUGAUGAGACAAGCUUCCACUUCGGUUUUGAAGACCUCUUCCAUGACUUCGAUGAUAGUCCCUUUGUGGAGGAGUCAUACUUCCACUGGAGCUUUCAUCAGGAUGGGGAGGAUGAGAAUGGGCCAUAUGAACAUUACACUUAUGAAGGGCCUGGUUUCAGCUUUUAUUUUGGCGAUGAGGAUGAAAAUGAAGAAAACCACUACUAGCUACUAAAUGUCCUCUGUAUUGUGUUAAUGUAUUGUCUUUAAAAAUAAAGUCUCCAUGUUGAAUUGUUA